ACUGCGGCAAUGCGGCACUGCUGACGGCAACACCCACCACACCCUACAGUACUUGCUGAGCCCGGUCACAACAGCAGCCACAGCGGUACCUACUGUGGGGCUCCGAACUUCUUAUCGACGUCCAAGGUUCACUAGGUAGUACUAUACGCGCUUUCGGCCGGUCGCAAUCGCAUCGCAUCGCAUCGCGAAACUAAACUUCUUUUUGCGUUCGUUUCUUUCCCCGAACCGAUUGCCCGCCGCCCAGCCCAAACUACCAGACAGGAUGUUGUAUGAGACUAUUGGUAUUGUCCGCCCGGGCAACAUCGCCGAGGUGAAGGAACUCGUCCUAACAGCCGGCAAACUCAUCCUCAACCAAGGCGGCGUCAUCCGCGACAUCAAGAACUGGGGCACGUUCCUGCUGCCCCGUCCCAUCUCCACCAACCAGCAGCGCCAUAACCGGGGCCACUACUUUGUCAUGCGGUACGACGCCAGCAUCGCGACGCACGAAGAAGUCCGACGCACCAUGAAGGCCGACCCGCGCGUGAUCCGCACGGCGAACGUGAAGUUGGGCGAUGGCAAGCUGGAGACGCUGUCGAGGUUUGGGGCGAUUCCUUGGAGGAGUUUAGAGGAGGCGUAAAUCUGUAUCUUCUGGACGGAGAGCAAAAGAGGGGGCGGGUGGGGGGGGAAUGUGUACGAUGGAUGGACAGAUGGAUGGGAAAUAAUGAAUCGAGUCGAAUCGAAUCGACAUAUAUCCAUCCCAUCUCCUUACCGGCUUGUGUAUACCAAAAGGGCCGUGAUGAAGCAGACCGGACAACAUAUAUGGACGGAUGGAUGGCAGGCAUCUUUAUACCUUCUUACCUCCGUCGACAGCAACAAUAAAAACGACCGAAACACCCACCAAUAACGAUCUGGGCCUUCGAUGAGCAAUGGUACAUCGUGAACGCACGACACCUGGAUAGCAACAUGGGAUACAUACAUACAGACAGGCAGCAUACGUAUCCGAAAUCUUCAUUGCGAAUGGGUUGCGGAACCAUCCAUACCCACUCAGGUUGAAGGAAGGAGGAACCUGACUCCUUUUCGACCCCGUUAAUGGAUCACCGUCGUCGAUCAAGAAGUUCUGGCGUGAAUUAGGGUGCACUCGAAACGGUCAGAGUAUCAUAUCAGUCAAGCCAGCUAGAGAACAAACUCCCGGACCCGUCUUUGUUCAUGUACGAUAACGCAUGUGGAAUGUGAUCCGCUAAAGAAUACGACGCCAUAUUCAGAUUCCUUAAAGCAAGGUAGUUCAUCGGUCCCGGCUCAACAAGGAUGGCUUGGGAUUAAGAAACGUCAGACACGA